UAAUUGUUAGUCGACUGAAAUAGUGAGCAGAUCUUCCAAGAUGGGGCAAAACCAAUCCGCAGGCAGUGGCGGUGAUAAGAAGGAUGACAAGGAUAAAAAGAAAAAAUACGAGCCUCCGAUCCCGACCAGGGUGGGAAAAAAGAAGCGCAAGGCAAAGGGACCUGAUGCGGCUCUUAAACUGCCCCAGGUCACCCCACAUACCCGAUGCCGAUUGAAGCUGUUGAAGCUGGAACGCAUCAAGGAUUACCUGCUGAUGGAGGAAGAAUUCAUCCGCAACCAGGAAAGACUGAAACCCCAGGAGGAGAAAAUCGAGGAGGAGCGAUCCAAAGUGGACGAUCUGCGAGGAUCUCCCAUGUCGGUAGGCACUCUGGAAGAGAUUAUCGACGAUAACCACGCAAUCGUGUCGACGUCCGUUGGUAGCGAACACUACGUCAGCAUCCUUUCCUUUGUGGACAAGGAUCAAUUAGAGCCGGGCUGCUCGGUACUGCUGAACCACAAGGUACAUGCAGUGGUUGGGGUGCUUGGUGACGAUACGGACCCGAUGGUGACGGUGAUGAAACUGGAGAAAGCACCACAAGAAACGUACGCGGACAUCGGCGGGCUCGACACACAGAUCCAAGAGAUCAAGGAAUCGGUCGAGCUUCCACUUACGCACCCGGAGUAUUACGAGGAGAUGGGCAUCAAACCUCCCAAGGGUGUGAUCCUAUACGGACCCCCAGGAACGGGCAAAACGCUUCUCGCGAAGGCAGUCGCCAACCAGACUUCUGCAACGUUCCUUCGCGUCGUAGGGUCUGAGCUAAUUCAGAAAUAUCUCGGCGAUGGACCGAAGCUGGUGAGAGAGCUCUUCCGUGUGGCGGAAGAGCACGCUCCGUCGAUUGUGUUUAUCGAUGAAAUUGACGCCGUGGGAACGAAACGAUACGACUCGAACUCGGGUGGAGAGCGUGAAAUUCAGCGUACCAUGCUGGAGCUCCUUAAUCAGCUGGACGGGUUCGAUUCACGUGGGGAUGUGAAAGUGAUCAUGGCCACGAACCGAAUCGAAACACUCGAUCCUGCGCUGAUUCGUCCUGGGCGUAUCGAUAGAAAGAUUGAAUUUCCGUUGCCAGACGAGAAGACAAAAAGGCGAAUCUUCAACAUCCAUACUGCUCGCAUGACGCUGGCCGAGGAUGUGAAUCUGUCGGAGCUGAUUAUGGCGAAGGAUGAUCUUUCGGGCGCAGAUAUCAAAGCCAUCUGCACGGAGGCUGGCUUGAUGGCACUUAGGGAGCGUCGCAUGAAGGUGACCAACGAGGACUUCAAGAAAUCGAAGGAGAGCGUACUCUAUCGCAAAAAGGAAGGCACGCCCGAGGGAUUGUAUAUGUAAAUUUUGCAAUCAAAACUAAAUCGAAAUAAACAAAGAUUACGCU